UAUGCUUCAUGCAGCCGCCCUUUUUUGACCGUGCCGUUCAUUACAACUUCUGCCUUGAAGGGAUUCGUAUUGAGCACGGGUUGCUGCCCUGUCGUGAUACCGAGCGCGACUCAUGCACUGAUCGAUGAAUGAAGUGAAGAUUAGAUUUUUCUCAGUCACUUGAGGGAGUUGCCAUCUCAUUGUUUCCUCUGGCACAACACGAGUCCGAGUCGUUGUGAUUCUCAUUACUACUACAACCACAUCCCACAUCAACCAAUGAACUACGACGCCAGAAUGUUCAAAUCAUUGGUCAUCACAUUCCUCAUUGCCUCCCUCACAGCCGCAGUUCAGGCCGCCGCAAUCCAACCUGCCAUCACGUCAUCGUACUGGGCGCCGACAGGGGGCUACUACUACCGCUGUAACGCGCCAUUGCUGGUAGAGAUUUCGAAGGACAAGAAGAACUGGAGGCCAUCGGCGAUAUGCCUGGCGGGAACUUGUUGCUCCAGUCUGUCGGAUGGGCCACGAUGCUCGAAGGAGUCCUGCGCACUUGUCGCGCAAGAGCCGGGGAAAAUGGGAAAUAGUGCUUCUGGGCUUUCGCCAAGUAUACCGGUAAUCUCGACUUCGACAUGAUGAUGGGGCGAGAAACGGCAUGGGGUAGAAGCCGCAGGCUCAAAGAAUCUCAAUUGUGAUCGUUCAUUUGACUCGGGCUUGGGAUAUGGGUAUGGGCGACACAUGGCUCGCAAACUAUGGAAGAAAUUCCUGGUUCACACGAAUGGCUGUGAGCAA